CCCUUUGGAUGAUAGAAUAUGUUUUGGAAGAUUCUGCAGCUGGUGACAUUUACUAGACAGGUAAGCCGCCACAGCUAUUUCGCCCAUCAUCUGCUUUGAAAAGUGACUUCCGUUUCGAUUGUCCACCCGCCAAGUGGUUCUAGAUGUUCUGUAAGGCGGUUAAAGUUGUAUUCCGACCCGAUGUUUUUGGACCCUUGUUGCGUCAAUUCGUGCGUAAAUACAACUUUCACACAAAAUUACCAUACCGCAAUUUACCUGUCAUGGGAGUCACGGUAUCUUCUAACAGAGAGAAGAAGGUUUUUUUAAGUAGAAAAAGUGUCCCUCAGCCAUCAUUUGCCAGUUUUUCCACAACAGGGACACUGACCACAGAUACAGGAGAAGGUAAGCUUUGUAGAUCAGCCUAAGUUGGAACAUAAACAACUGUGUUGAAUUUCCAUGCCUAAUUUAUUCAGAAUGUGUGCCUUUGGUAGGUGACAAAUUUAAAGGUCAGUGCUUAAUUGUGAUUACAUCUGAAUGCAAAAGGAAGAAGGGAUGUGUUAUCUUGUUGGAAAAACAAUAAGAUAAUGCUCAUGAAUGCGUUGAGUUUGACAGAAAUACAACAAGACUCUCGCAGUGCGAACUUACUUGAAGCAAGUUUUAUCAAAUUCGAGAUCUCUUUACUCGAGGAUAUUGGCUACUCUUCACAUGAAAUUACUAAAAUUUGUUUAUUGAGCAUUUGGUGAAUAUUUUCUCGAACUGUCGGUCGUGUUAAGCGUUUAUUUAACAACAUGUUUUUGGAGUAGUUUCACCGUUUUGGUAGAUAGAAAGGGAAACCGCGUACUGAUAUGACAAGUUUAACCUUCCUGUUUAAACCAAGAUUAUCAAAUAUAUUGUUGUUAGAGAGAAAUUCAACUUAAAAUAUUAUGUCGAAAAUUUCUUGUAUGUGUUCAAGUAAAUUAUUCGGCGCUUCUCCUCAAAAAAUCAGAUUUCUCUUAGAAUUGUUUUACCUGCCCGAGGUUAUUUAUGUAAUCAGAUAGUUGAGAUUUCCUUUUCUACAGCAGAUAAUUUUCUAGUAUGUUGUAUGACAUUAUAACUCGAUUGCUCGUUUUGGCUACCAGUUAACAAAAGCAUACGACCGCUCGCUGACAUGUGGAUAAGGAAAACCUGUAAGGAACUCAAAGAGUGGAUUGUUACCUGGAAAAUUGAUCUUUAACUACAGGCCUUCACUUGUCUCUAUUUGCGCAGGCAAAGGGCUAACAAUCGAAAUGUCAGCUUUAUAAACUCCUUGUGGUGACUUAUGUACAUCACCAUCGCAUUUGAUAGAACCGAGCUGCUGUAGCUGUCAUACACCCAGUCAUGCAGCAUCAAAGUUUCCCUUGGAACAUAACCCCAUUAUUCAUUUGUUGCAAUUCUUACUCUGAUCUUGUUACCUCUUUUCUCGUAUUAGCUCAGAUUUCAUAAUUCCUCUUCAAAUUACAACACACCAUUCUGUUUCGUACAGCAUCAGUUUAGCGUGCUGUUUUUCUUUGAUUCCUGCAAAGCUAAUUUAGUGAAGAAGUUCAUGAAUUAUAAACUGACUUAUUAUUCCUUUUUCCAAAUCUAUAGGAACAUCUGUAGAAAGCUCCACCAUGAUUGAAGUCAAUGUAGGCCAAUAUGAUGACUGUCUGCAAGAUGGAACGUAAUGCACUCCAAUUUCUUUGUCUGCAAUAUUUUAUUUGUAACUAGUUACAAAGACUUCUGCUAAUUGUUAAAUUAGAUAAUUAAAGGUAUCAGUUUGAAUUAUUUUUUUAUCAUUAAUAAAAAUAAUAACUAUGUUAGGGUAUUGAGUGUUAUGUUGCCAGCACCAAUCAGAUUGCCACAUUAGGGUGUGUGUUUAGCGCCAAUGAAAUUACAGUGUUAUAAUGUUUGCACCAAUCCAAGCAUCAGGGUACUGUCCCUCCUGUCAAUUAUGUCCUGGAAUUAGGGUAUCACAAAAUGUUGCAAUGGAAUCAACCCAACAUUAGUGCACAAUAGGAAGAAUAUCAACAAAGAAUAAUUUUUUUGUGAGCUCAUCAAUCCAGAGAAAGAGUUCCUAAAUUUCCUUCAUAUGGACCUGAUCACUAUGAUAUCUUGGGAUGACAAAAAUUGGCUGGGAAAAUUUCUGCCAUUUAGAAGUUGAAGCAUGUUUUGUGUAAUGCUCCUUCACUUACAACACACAUGCCAUUAGUGAAAAGCCUACAAUUAAUGAAGUUCUCACUGGAACGUUUGUUUUGUAAGGGCUAGUUUUGCUGACUGCUGUAAAAUUUGCACAAAGCAUUUGCAUUAAUCAUAUUUGAUCAAUAACCUUGUUUUUGCCUUGUGGUUGCCCUUCUUCAGGCUCAGGUUGAAAAGAUCAUCAAGUCAUAUUUACUUUCUGUGUCAAGUGCCCUGUAAAUAUCUAUUUCUUUGCCUUUAGAAGUUCUACAUGAAUUGCAUCUUGUGUUUAAAUGGUAUUUUCCUAGCACAAUUGUGCAUUUAGUUGUCACUAGUGAUUAGGUUUACCUUGAUAAAAUGACAUUUUUCAGUUACAGCCUAAAUUUUACAACAUAAUCCUACCACACUUAACAAAGUUCACAUGAAACUAAAUGCUAUUAGUAGUAAAUUUUCCAUGCAACUCUCGUGCUCUUUGACAUUUUCUAUCUUAUACUGUCUUGGAUUUCACCCUAUCACAUGUCAUAUCCUUGUAAACAACCUGCAUUUUAUCACAAGCAAGCUAACGAAGUCUCAUUUGCAUUCACUGUUUGGUCUUGUCAUGCAACAGAGGCAGGGGAGAUGUUGUGUGACAAGACCAAACAAUGGCUGUAAAGGAGACUACAGUAAGCAUGGUACAAAUGCAGUUUAUUUAUGCUUAAAAUUGUUCAGACAACAGUAAUGACAGACCACAAACUACCUAUGUCAGGGUUUAUUUUAUAUAAAUUGGAAGGAACUUAUUUGCCCUCUACUGAAAGGUAUUUUUGUUGGAAACUUUGAAAGUUUAGGCUAUUUUUAUGUUUCAAAAUUGGAAAAAUCAGUCACUCAAAGUGUUCACUUCAACCCACCCAUCUAAAAAAAUAACUUGCAUGCAUAACAUACCUAUGUUUCAACCUUGUCUCCUUUAAAUGCAGUAUGAGAACAAUUGACAUUGGAGAAGGUAAAGCACUGCUGGUACGUGAGAAUGGGGAGUAUUCUGCAGUUGGCCACAAGUGUACUCACUAUGGGGCUCCUUUAUCCACUGGUCAUCUCUCUAAUGGACGAGUACGCUGUCCCUGGCAUGGAGCCUGCUUUAAUGUCAAGACUGGUGAUAUUGAAGACUUUCCUGGGCUGGACAGUUUACCCAAAUUUGAGGUCAGUUGGGUUUUUAUACAGUAACAAAGGUAUAAAAACUUUGACAGAGUUGAAUAAUCUGGGAAUCAGAGAAAGAAAUAUGAAAGAUAGGGUGGAGUGUUGUGAGACACAUGGAAAACUUGAAAGAGGAUACACUUUUGGAAGAGAUUGUAAAAAGGAAGAAAGUAAAAAUUGACUGGUGUAUCGAUCAGGAAGCAUUUAAAUAUACCCAGAGUAAGGUUGUGCUGGUGCUCAACUUGCAGUGGGAAAAUUACUACUGGGUUAUCUCUAUAACAUUUAGAAUCUAUGAUUUCUCCAUAGAUGUUCAUGGCAAAUUUCUUAAUAGUCUGAAAAUUAGUUAUUUUUCUUUUCAGGUGGUCAUUAAGAAUGAUAAUGUUAUUGUUAGAGCACACCCAGAGGUAAAGGAGAAUUAAAAUUGAAAUGUCUGUCGUAAUAAUAUUAUUAGUAAUAUUUAUUUCAUGAUUCUUUAUCUGAUAAAAGCCAUGAUGUCAAAAUAUAUUUGUUUACUUUUAAAUUUGUGUCAUCUGUGUUUUAGCAAUUUACAUCUCAUAAAAGAGUCAAAACAAUGGUUAAAGAAGACACAAGUUGUGACAAACGAGUAUUUGUUAUCAUUGGGGGAGGUGAGUUUGUUCAUAGUGUACAUGCAAGCUGUUGAAAUAGUUGGUUUGUCAUGUGGGUUGUCAAAGUUUAAGAUUCAAAGGUAGUCAAGAAGGUAUGAAACCAUAGUUACCCUUGAACAAGUACUACCUCUCUCCUCCAAGCUCCCAGUCACAAUGAAAAGAAAGUGUGCUCAGCCAUUAACUGUGAACCCUUGAACCCUUAGGAGUCAAAGGUUACCAUAUCAGCCCCAAAUCAUACAUUAAUGCCAUAAGAAUAAAGGAAAUGAUUGCUCAAUCUGAUUGAUAAAAGAGCUCUUGAUUGUUCAACAAAUUCUCCUUGUUGGCACAUUAGGAAAUUUAUAGGGAACAGUAUGGAGAAUAUGCAUACUGAUGUCAGGAUUUAAAGGGUUAAAGAUAGUUUAUGCUGUCAGAUAAUAAGGAUGAUUUAUGUCAGACAAGAGUCUCAACGGAAAGUAUUUUCUCAUAGAAACCUGAAGUUCCAAGGUACUAAAAGGGUAUUAGACAGUUAUUUAGCCUUAAAUUAUCUUAGUGAUACACAAACUAGGGGUGGAACUUAAAAAAGGGUCCUUGUAGAAGCAGGAGGUUCCAUGUGGAAAUUGAGAGUGGAUGUUUUUACACUAUGCAGGUGGAGCAGCCAUGAAAGCUGCUGAGACAUUGAGAGAAGAGGAAUUCAGAGGUACCAGGACUGAUACUUAUUAUAUGAUACAUGAAUAUUGCAGUAGUUUUCUUCUGAAGAUUGGGAAUACUUUAUUUUUAAAUGUGGGAGCAAAUUUUUACUGAUCAUAAUGUCAGGAAGUUCUGCUGGGAGUCAAGCAAUGGUUACUUUUAAUCAUUGAUAAUUGUUUGACUAAGAAUGGUUAUAACAAAUGCUUUGAACCUGUUGACUAAAUAAUAUUUACUACAACCUGUUACCAGCUAAGAUUUUUUAUUUUUUUUCAAACACCUGAGUGUUAGCUUACAGGUAAUUGAGCUUCUGUUCCUCACAGGGCAUGUUAUCAUGAUUACAAAAGAGGCUCACUUGCCCUAUGAUAGACCAAUUUUAAGUAAGGUUAGUGUUAUGCUCAUGCUAUUUGCUUUUGGUAAGUCAUCCUAAUAUGUGUUCAGCUAUAAUUUCCUUGGAGACUUAACUGAUCAUCUGAAGGUUGUUAUUGUUGUAGCUUCUCAGAGAGUUUGGUCUGAUUUGUCAUGAGAUUGGUGUGAAUUUAAAGGUUGAUUUGAAUACUGCCCUACUUGUCCAACAGAAUUGGAUUCCAUAGUCAUCAUGAGAUUCAUCUUCAUUGCUGCAGUUGAUCUAAAUCUAUUCCAAUCAAAGCUUCACUGGAAAGCUUUUCAUAAUUUGUUGGAACAGCUUUCCAUUUGUCAGAGUUGUUGUGUUUUGAUCCCAAAAAAUCUUCCAAUACUUUUGUAAAUAUUAAAACUGUAAGUUCUUUGGAAGUGGCUCUGAAUUGUAUCAAGGUUAAGUUGUACCCCAGAGUUCUAACCAAAAUAUUUAGCAGAAUGGGUUAGCUUAUAUUUCAUUGAGUUACUUCUUAUAAACUGUUUUGUUGUUUAUAAUAAUUGGUCUUUUUAAUAUAAGUGUGUUGUCAUGAAUUGGUUGUUUCUUUCAAUUUAGAAAUUAGCUGCCACGGCUGAUUCUUUAAAGUUACGUUCAAUGGAAUUUCUCAAGGAUCAUGACAUUGAGCUCAUGACAAAUACUGAGGUAUGUCAAUAUGGUCAUGGAGCCCUCAUGGAGAGAUGAAACAGAAACUUAUCAUUCAGUUGUAUUUUGCAUAGCUGUGUAUUAAAGUUUGGAAAGAAAGAAAAAUGUGGUUAUUGCACUUGGCAUAGCAUUAUUUCUUUGCAAGUGUUUAAUGAUAUAGCAUUUUGUUAUUCUGUUUUUUUUUUAUAUUGCAAGUGUUUAAUGUAUAAUUUUUUUUUUUCUGUUUUUUUUUAUUGCAAGUGUUAAAUGAAAUAGCAUUUUGUUAUUUUUCUGUUUUUUUUUUUAAUAUUGCAAGUGUUUAAUGAUAUAGCAUUUUGUUAUUUUCUGUUUUUUUUAUACUGCAAGUGUUAAUGAUAUAGCAUUUUGUUAUUUUUCUCAUUCAGGCCACUGCACUGGACAAUAACAAAAAAACUGUCACUUUGAGUAAUGGCACAGUUCUUAACUAUGAUAGUGUAUUGAUUGCUACAGGAGGAAAGUGAGUUAAUUUCUGUUACAGUUCAUGUUCAUGUCCAUUGCACUUAUUCCUACUUGUACUUUUUCAUGUAUUUGUUGAUGUGGGUUUUUGUUAACUAUCGAUCUGUUAUGAUUUAUUUGACCACAUUCAUUGUGUAAGCAUUGUUACUUCAAUUGUCCUUCUCCCUUUCCCAUCACUCACCCAGUGAUUCUUUUCUUCUCUCUUUACAUCCCUAGAACCCUUCAUUUGAUAUCACCUUUCUUCUUCCUAUCUGUAAUUUCUCCCAUUUCAUGCAUCCAUACUUACUUUUUUUUUUAUAUAUCCUUUUUUCUCUCUACCCUUCCAUCCAUCCAUUCUUCAUUCAUUUUUUUACUUUUUACUUUACUCUUUCAUCCAUUUGUUAAACUGUCCACCUCUAAAAAAUUGGCUUUCAUUGCUCGGUUCAAUUUUAGUGUAGUACAUUCAAUUUGUAUGCUACAAGCCUACUAUUUCAUCGAGUUAUGUCGUCUGAUUUUACUUGCAUUUAGACCGAGAAGUUUAAGUAUACCUGGAAGUGAUCUGGAGAACAUCUUCUUACUGAGGAGUCCUGAGGAUGCUAACCAGAUUGGUGUGUACAUUUAAGAGCAAUUAGUUGUCAAGUGUUAGAAGAAAUUCACCUUUAAGCGUAGGUUUUGCAGAACCAGUCUUACUUCAUUCUGCACUCACGUUUUGUUGCACUAAAGGAAUUGAACAUGUCGGUGUUGGCUUUGAGUUUUCGUUAUUUCCUUGUUUUAUUUAACUUUGUUGUUGUUGUUAGCCGCCAUUAUCAUCUUUUACUUUGGGCCUUUUAUAGCUGUCAGCUACAACGUCAUUUUUGGUAAGCUCAGUAAAACCAUGUGUGUUUAUAUUUUAUGUAGCCUCCUUCGUCCCUGGAAAGAACGUGGUCAUCAUGGGGACUUCGUUUAUAGGUAAAUCAUUAAUGUUGUUAUGUCUCAUUAGAAUUUUUUUACAAUUUAAUUGGUUACUAGCCCGUGGUUUCAAAUGCCAGACUCUUUAAUUUAUUUUGCAUCUGUUAGUUUAGCAAUAGUUGCGCUUUCCAUUCGUUUUCCGGCGUAAUAUCUCCAACUUGAGAUUCUGGGAGAAAACGAGAAAAGUUUAUGAAUCACGAACCAAAGGGGAGUGUUUGACAAACUUUUUCGAGUUUGCAGCACCACAGUUUCUUUUGAAAAAAGUAAACUUCAUUUGUCGUUUAAUCGCUACAAUCACAAAUUCUUGUCUUAGCAUUUUUAAAUCCACAGCUUUCAGAACAGUGCACCAUGCCAAACCUGAAUAAAAUCCACAUUUCUCUAGAAACUCACCCUCUUUAUUCAUUUUUUUAGUUUGGGUUGGGUCAUGCAACCCGACCCAAGCUUUCCUCGUUUUUCGCUCAGCCACAACUAUCGCGCUCUGUUUUACUAACUGAACGCCUGGAAAAAGCUUAAGUAUUACUACUUAUGAGGGAAGAAUAUUGCUGUUAACUUGCUCCACCAUUUCACCUUGAUCCGUAAGGUAUGGAACUGGCGUCGAACUUUGCAGACAAAGCUGCGUCUGUGACAUGUGUUGGAAGAAGCAGUAUUCCUUUUGCGAACGUGCUGGGCGAGAAGAUUGGCGCCAUGCUGAAAAAGGUAAUGGGAUACUUUACUGACUCGUACCCAGUCGAUUUUCAACGAGGAAGCGGGAGGUGCUAGUCCCUCGCAACCUCGUGUCUGUGUAGACGUAGAGAACAGGGGACGGCUCAGGGAUGUUUAGGAGUUGGGCAUGAACACUCAAGGCUGAUCAAAAGGCAAACAGCCUAUUUACCCAAACAGUCUUUAAUCAUUCUUUUUUCCUAUUGUGAAGAAUGAUUAUACGCACUCUGAAACUCUAUUUCCUCUUCUUCUAGACUCACGAAAGCAAAGGAGUAAAAUUCAUCACCGAUGCUGCUGCCAGUAGUUUCAAAGGCGACAGCGGAAAAGUGAGGAUUUUUCUCAGUUUAACUAACGAAGUUAAUUUUUGUCAUCCUGUUAUUGGAUGGAGCUACACAUCAGGAGUUUUAAGACAUACACAAAUGCCUUUUAACCUAAAGAAACCGUAAAGCAACAGUAAAAUUGCAACCACCUAUUGAUACUUGAAAAAUUAAGAGAGAACUGACAAGGGUGGUUCACGCUUGAGAGGAUAAACGUGUAUUGCGAAUCAUUAAAAAUGAUAAUUAAUAUCCAAAAUUCAUAAACCCGAAGAGACAAACAUUUACUCUAAGAAUUGAGUGCAACUUAAAAGUUAACUGAUUGAAUUGUCAGUUUUUUCGGUUCGUCUGUAAUACGAGGUGUCUGGUAUAUUGCUUUCAGUUAACAGCUGUGUGUUUUAACAAUGGAACAGAAGUUCCUGCUGAUAUCUGUAUCCAGGGAGUAGGUAAGGUUCCUUUAGUACACCACUAACUUCAGCGCCAAUUGAGAGUGCAAAAAUUAACUUUCGGUUUGAUUCUGUUCUUUGCAAGCGUAUGUACAAGGCAAAACUGAACGCCAUAAAAUGUCCUACUAGGAGACUUCUUCGUAAAGCUGAACUAGUACUUUCAAAAAUUUACCCUAACCCUGAGCUAAGUCAAUCGCGAGGCCAGCCAUUUAAUUUUUAUUCAAGGAUGGAGAGCCAGGGUAUAACCAAGCAAAACUACUAAGUCUCCCACACAAUUUGCUGGCAUCCAUUGAGUCUCGUGUGAAAAGAGACAUUAUGUGAGGGAAGUGUGAUGCCUAAGAACAAAACAUUUCUCUAGUUCUGGAGUCUACGCAAACCACUAUUUACUGCCUUUCCUAGGUGUAUCACCAUCCACGGACUUCUUAAAAAACAGUAGCGUGCCUCAGACCAGCCGCGGAGAUGUAAUUGUUGAUAAGGUUAGAAUACUUUUGCGAUAUGCAGGUUUUAAAGUUAGCCUUGAGGUGACUCCCAUUCAGGCCAUUUCGGCGAUGACCAUCUUUUCUUGGAUUAACCAAGUUAUCAUGUUGACUUCUCAAGCCAUUUAAGACGACUAGUAUCCAACACCUGUCUUUGAUUUCUUUCACUAUUGUCGGAUUUCGGACACCUGUAUCCGUUUUUGGACGGUACCGUCUGAUUUCGGACGCCCACGUUCAUCAGCAACAGUUUUUGACGUGUAGUUGAAAUAUCAAUGAACUGAUCUGGAAAAUGCACGAGAUGGUGCAUUGUUUAGUGGCUAAAACUGUGACAAACGUGCUCAGUGGCAAUUCACGCUCAUCAUGUAUGGUCUUUUUUUUUUCUCCUGCCCUCGUGCCCCACUCUUUUUCUCGCGCUUGCUUUAGGCUCUCUUGUUGUAUAAAUACGGUUAUGGCCAAAUUAGUAUGGCCUGCUUCUAUUUUACCAACCUAUCGUCUCUUCAUGUUGCAGUACAUGAAUGCUUGUGAAGGAGUUUUUGCCGCUGGAGAUAUCGCUCACUUCCCUCUGAAGAUGUUAGAUUGGGAAAGGGUGACUAUUGGUCAUUGGCAGAUUUCGCACAAGCAUGGUAUGUUUUUAUGGGUGAUAUCGUUGAAAUGGUCCAAUAAACAUUCCUCUCGCUUCGAGGCAAAACGAUCCCGAUCAAAAUGUAGUCUUAUCUUAUUUUUGUUGUAAUGAAGUGUUUCUUUGAAAAUUGAGAUUCUUUACGAAACCCAGUCGAGGGUCCCUGAAAAAAGAAGAUUUGCAUGAGUAGAGGAAUACCUAGAAGAUCUGGAGGGCAAACCUGUUGUCUAACUCUCCCCACAGGGGACCAGGUAGUUCUGCUCUAGGUUGGUUUUUGAAGUCCUGGAAAUUGUCGUGCUCAGUCCAUUGUACUUUCAUAUUGUAGGACUGACUGCUGCGCGUAAUAUGCUUGGAGGAAACGAAGAGGUCGACACAAUACCAUUCUUCUGGACUUCUCAGUAUGGUAAAAGCAUCAGAUACUGUGGUAGGUGUCUCCGAGUAGCUGAGUCUAGCUGCUUCCUACCGUCCGAUUUCUAUCGUAACAGACAUGCAGAAUUAGAAUUAAUUUCCUCCGAGUAAAUCCUUGCAAACUUAGCCUGAAGUUCUAACCUGGGGAAAGGGGAUCGGAGGAUUUUGUUUAUGUCAAGAUAAAAUUAACCUGAUCCCCCUUAAGGCUUUCUAAUAUUCUUAUGAUCCACUUCAUUGGCAUUUAAUCAGAGGUCAAUUUCCUCAAGUCUCCCUUUAUCCUCUGUCGGUGACGGCUGAUCCCCUCUCCAUUUCCCCUGAAACCCAUGCGAUCCUUCAAAAUCCUCUGACCCUCCCCUCUCCCCAGGCGAUAAUGAAUAACUGGUUCUUAAUUGUAAAGCGUGCUGUAAACCAAAAUAACAGGACUAGGCCGAUCCCCACUCCGUUUCCCCUGAAAACCACGUGAUCCCUCAAAUCCUCCGACUCUCCCCACUCCCCUCUACCCUCACCCCUAGGCGUGUUGUAAACCAAAAUAACAGGACUAAGCCGAGGGAAACCGAGCAAUCUCACGGGUCGAUCAGUGAUUACCUUUGUUACCUCUUUGCUGUUAAAUUUGUCCCCAGGUCACGCCCAUUCAUUUGAUGAUGUGCUUAUUGACGGUAGCGUUGAUGAACAAAAAUUCACCGCCUACUUUGCCAAGUGAGUUGAGCAAACAUAAAAGCCAAAUUACUUCAGGAAGUAAAAACUCUAAACAGAGUACAAGUGACGUUUGUUAAAGCGUGGGAAGGUGUCGUUUAAAGUUUUCUCCUUUUUUAUCUUGAUUAUUAUUAUUAUUAUUAUAUUUAUUUAUUUUUUUAAUCCUUGUUGUUCCACUAGUCAUUGCCUUUUAUUUUCCUUGUUCUCUAAUUCACUUCCAGAGGGGAUAAAAUUCUUGCUGUAGCAACCAUGGGACCUGGGAAUGCAGCCGCAAAGGCAGCCGACGAAAUGUUUGAGGGGAAAAUGCGUUCUGCAUCAGAGAUCAGGUCAGUGAACUUCAGGAAAAACUGCUCGAGGUAUUAUAGUGAUAGGUUUCUCGCAAGUCAAGUUGCUGAGAUUAUUAUCGCUAAGUAGAGAAAGCCCUAACCCUGCCCAAGAGUACAGUAAACGACUCGGCCAAGGCCUAAAGCCAGACCUGCUGCUUGUAGGUGUACCUCGCUGUCCAUUACCCCACUUGGUAUGCGUAUCCCAUAACAGUUAUACAGGAGCUUUGAAAGCGUCGGUUAAAUGCCAUCACCGAGAAAGGGAGAAAUAUAGAUCGGGUUUGUUUUAGGUAACUUUUCACCUUUACUAGCCUGCGAAACUAUACCCAUAGGUCACGAACAAAGCUGAAGUGCAAAAAGCAAGUAAAAGCCUAGUAAUCGGUCAAACAUUGGUAAAUGCAGCGGCUAAACGGUCAAACGAACCAUUACCCACCUCUCCCUCAUAACAAACCUAACUAUUUAGGUAAGGGAGCUUAGAGUGCAAGUAAUCAGCGCUCUUUUUCUCUCAAGAAACAAUCGACUCUAUACUCUCUUUAAUACAGGGCUGGUCUUUAAAGACACGAAGACGUCCGUGCAAUGUCAGAGACAAAAGUUGAAGUUGACUAGCAAAUAUCACACGACGAUUUUAAAAACAAUAACUUUUAGCUACAUAAAAAAAAUAAGGCACUCCUCUUUUAGUGAUUUGUUUUUUUAAAAUUACUUGUAAAAUCAUGCAACCUUCUAUGUACAUACUACUACGGACAGGUGAUAGCUGUAAUCGUAUUUUCUAUUUGGGAUUAUAAAAUGUUAAGAGAAAUGCGCGCGCUGUGAUUGGUCAGAACGAGUUCAUAAUAUUUCCAUAAUGCACGCAGCCUACGUCAUCGGUACGAGCGCGCGCAAUUCACGAUACAUUUUAUGAAAAGAAAAAAAAACUUGUUCCUCGAGCAUUGUUGAGUUACAUAAGCACGCGGGAAUUUUUAAGAACAGGAGAGAAGUGCGAAGAAGCACUCGCCUUAAAAUUUCCCAAGUGCUUAUAUAACUCAACAAUGCAUUCGGCGCGUUUUUUAUUCCUUUCGUAAAAAAUUGUAUGCUUAGCUAUUUUAUUCAGUAGAUUCUCGAUGUAGAUCCUUUCACAGCCUACUAUUCUAUCAUAUAGAGCG